AAAUACACUGUGUCAAGAAUAACCUACUGCUGUCAAGGUGGUUAUGUUGCCAUUCUAUGUGACUGUAUUCCCACAGUCUACAUCUUUCAGCUUGAUGCCGUUGCCAAGCAGCUAGUUUACAAGCAGCAAAUCUCUUUGAAACAUAAAGGUUGGGACAUUGCAUUUGAAGAAACAGGAGACCUAUGGAUUUUACAGGAAGACAGUGAAGCUCCUCUUCAAUUGUACAGACCAUGUGAUGGACAGUGGAAGGCUGUAACUGAUGACAAGGGAUUACAGAAGAUGAUGAAAUAUCUUAAAGACAACUGGACAGUGUUUGAAGGUUUUGUUGGUGCAGAGAGCUACUACAGCAAUCUCUACAAGGCUUCAUUUGAGGACAUGGACACCUACCUACAGAAGAAAGAGGAAAGGUUACAGCAGAAGAAAAAGAAAAGGCAGGAUCUGCAACAUGGUUCAAAUGGACAAACAAAAAAGAUGAAGACGGAAGAAUCAUCGCUAUGA